CUCCUUCCUCCCACCUUCGCCCUUUCUUACUCUUACCUACUUUUCGCCUUUCGUCUGCGAUACGGACAUUCUUUGCCUUCCACUAUUUUAAUCUCCUGGCGCGCCCGGAGGCUCUUGGAGGGGGAGGAAGGAGCAGCCAUGGCCAUGAAGAUCGGCAAGAAGAUAUCUUCUUUCGUUCGAUCGUCUUCCAAAUCUCGGUCGCCCUCCCUCUCCCGGUCGAAUCCUUCUUCUUUUAGUUCGUUUUCCUCUGCAUCCGAGCACAAGGAGACCCCCAAGAGCGUCCUCCCCGGGUUAUGCCGAUACCCAUCUAAGGAGCCCGACGGAUGGCCGGACUGCCCGCCGGGGGAGCUCCACUGCGACUUCGGCGAGGUGUUCCGGAUACUCGAUAAGGACGGAGACGGAAAAAUCACGAGGCGGGAGCUCGAGGAGGUGCUUCCUAGGCUGGACUCGGCUCCGUUGACGGAGGAGGAGGUGGCGUUCAUGGUGAGCCUUGCCGACGCCGAUGGCGAUGGCUGCGUGACGAUGGAGGAGUUCUGCGCGCUCAGUGGACCAGCCGGAGAGUCGGAGCUUGUGGGGGCCUUCCGCGCGUACGAUACCGACGGCGAUGGCCGGAUCUCCGCCGAGGAGCUCCACUGCAUGUUGAUGGCGCUCGGAGACGGCGGGUGCACCCUCGACGACUGCCGGAGGAUCAUUGAGAGCGUCGAUUCCGACGGCGACGGAUUCGUCGGCUUCGAAGAUUUCGAGAGGAUGCUGAGACAGCCCAAGUGAACCGCCCAACCGGAGCUUUUGGUUUGGCUCGUUAAAGCCUGCGAUGCCUCUGACGGAGGUGGAAGAAACUGGGAAAGGACUCGGAAAUAAGUAGACAGAGAUAUGUAUUUGAUCCACGUUGUGUUUGAAGCCCGGUCCACACACUUAUUAUUAUUAUUUUUUAAUUAUUUCUCAAUAUGAAACAAUGUUUUGUGGUUACGUAGAUAAAUGAAUUUAUUUCAUUCUA